CAAAAACUCUUUAAAAAGGAAAAAAAAAGAAGGAAGCAAUUGGAAAAGUCUGGUCGUGUCGUGUCGUUCCAAAUUCCAGGCCGCCGAUCUCCCUCAGCCUGCAAAUAUUCCAAGCUUCUCCGGCUAUUCCAAUGUCGAAGUAUCUCACCUGAAUAUCCCCAUCAGUUUUCCCUGUCUCUAUUGAAAUGGUCUGUAGGGACAAUCGCCCCUGUGAUGAGAUUUACAGCUUAAUCUGGAGUCAAGGUUUUUCGCAAUGCGAAUAGUGUCAAAUGACAGUCUGGUAGUAGAUAGUUCAGAAACAGAGCCCAUCUUAUCUCAGAUUGCUAUUGUUGAGGAAUCUGAGGACACUUCACCUUCAACUGAAAUCACUGCGAGUGAGGAUUGUUUGGAGACUACUGGUGACCUGCAAAGUGUCGGAGUCGACAGAAUUCUAUUUUUGUCACAUGCAGAACUGUCCCAAUGUCGCAUAUGCUUGGACAGUGAAGGAGAAGAUCUGAUUGCACCCUGCCAUUGUAAAGGAACACAAAAGUAUGUCCAUAGAUCAUGUCUUGAUAACUGGAGAUCAACUAAGGAGGGAUUUGCUUUUGCCCACUGCACCGAGUGCAGGGCAAAGUUCAUAUUACGGGCAAAUGUCCCACCUGAUCGCUGGUGGUUGAGGUUAAAAUUCCAAUUCCUUGUGGCAAGAGACCAUGUGUUCAUUUUUCUCAUUGUCCAGUUGAUUGUAGCAUUCUUAGGUAUACUUGUGUACAAAUUCUACGGAGAUGAACUAAGGGAAAUGUUUGGCUACCGAGAGCAUCCAUAUGGCUUUUAUACAAUGGCAGUUUUGGCAAUCAUACUGGUGGGUUUGCUUUAUGGUUUCUUCAUAGCAAUAAUUUGUGGACAGAGAAUUAGUGAACGCCAUUAUCACGUCCUUGCCAAAAAAGAACUCACGAAGGAAUAUGUGGUAGAAGAUCGUGAAAGGUUAACUAAAGAUGUCCCUGAACUUGAUCCUAGCCACGUUACAGAGCUAAGAAUGCUGGGGCUCUAUUGAGAAUCAUGGCGACCUAGCAAUUACCUCACCCUCACUAUAUAUAACUAAUUUUAAGCGGGAGAAUAUGUGUGACUCCUGCCAUGUUAUGGUUGUGCUGCCAAAACUCAAAAGAUAGUGAAGCCGAAAGAGUGUCCUAACCCAGACGGGAUUUUUUGGAGGGGGUGCAGGUCCUCUUUAUAGUUUAUAUAUAUAAGCACUCAAACGUCUGUUAGGUGAAACUUCCAAAAUUGGUUUAUUUUGAAAAGUAAUUUAUUGCAGUUUCAAAAAAAAAAAAAAAAAAAAAAAAAGAACUACUUUUGGUAGUUGUGUUUAUGUUUGGCAAAAUUAUUUGAGAAGCGCUUUUAUCAGUAUUAUAGAGAGUUAAUUCCUCAAAUGGUCAUUGAACUUAUAGAAAAGUUCUGCUAAAGUAACUUUUGAAUUUUUUUAGACAAAGUCAUCAAACUAUGUCCUUGUUUCCAAUAAAGUAAAUUAACCCAUUUUUAGACAUAAAACCCCUUAACCCAUAUAUAAAUUAUAAAACCCAUUACCUAGGCACAAUUUUUAGAUACUCCAAAAUUCUUGUUCAAGUUUUAAUAAUAAAAUAGAAAUAUUCAAAUAAUAUUUCAA